AUUUAAUAUUAUUAUUUUAUUUUAUUUUAUUUUUUUAGAUUUCGUAACUCCACUUAAUACCAAAUAUCGCCAUUUACAUUUACUAUGUUAUUAUAAUUACAAAAACCGUGUUUCCAUUUAUUUUAUUUAAUGCCGUCGUAAUACUUGCAUUUGCACAUACAAUGUACAUUUUACUUACAGAGUCAAAGAAAACUAAGGAUUCAUUUAAUGGAACUACUACGAAUCCUUUGAACGGUCAAGAACUUAAUGUCAAAAUGAAAGCUAAUUUUGAUUCUACAGAUCGGAACGAUAAUCCAUUUUCGUAUUAUCCUACGGCAAUGGUAGCUACAUAUUUUUGGCUUAAUGGAGAUUUUGUUCAGAGAGACUCGUUUGAUUUUUGGGCUGUUGAAGUAUUUUCCUUGAUCGCUAGCAUUCUUUUAGUAACUAUUUUGCAAAAUAUGUUGAUCACUUUUAUGGCUUGGUGUAUACGAAGAAGCAGCUACUAAAGGCAGACAAGCUUUAUUUCGAGCAAAUCAAAUAGCAAAUUAUG